AUGGAAGAAGCUUGGUUGAUUAUGGAGGAUUUCAACACUAUCCUAACAAAUGAAGAUAGGGUACAUGGAAGUGAGGUGCAAGACGAUGAAACUGCAAAUUUCAGAGGUUUCAUGGAUGAUUGCAACUUGACAGAAAUGCCAAUAAUUGAUCACUCCCCACUUGGUAUUGAAUUUGAAGUACUAGCUGACACUACAAAGAAGCCUUUCAAAUUCUACAACUGUAUUGCAGAGGAUCCCGAGUUUACAAGAAUUGUUCAAGAGAACUGGUGCCUGUAUAAUGGGAAAAUGACAAUUAUAUGGCAAAAUCUGGAAGAAGUCAGAAAGAAGUUAAAGCAGUUGAACAAAAAGAAAUUUGCAGGGGUAACAAAAAAGAUUCAUAGUCUCAGACAAAGCCUAAAACAUAUACAAGGACAGAUGAUGAGUACAAAUCAGAAUGCAGAACUGUUUGAGGAAGAAAAGAAUGGAAGAAAAGCACAAAACCAGAUAUGGAUGCUCAAAUCAGUGAAUGAGGAGACUAUUAAAAGACCCGAGGACAUUCAUGCAGAGAUUAGUGGGUUCUAUCAAAAAUUACUUAGAUCUGCAGCUGAUACUCUACCUGCCAUACAUCCAGGAAUAAUUAAAAAAGGGCCAAUGCUAAGUAGAUCACAUCAAUUGCAACUCAUAAAGCCUUUUACAAAGGAAGAUGUGGUACUAGCUCUGAAGGGAAUAGAUGACUUGAAGGCCCCAGGGGGAGAUGGUUUCAAUGCUUACAUUUUUAAGAAUAAGAAAGCAUUUUACAAAGGAAGAUGUGGUACUAGCUCUGAAGGGAAUAGAUGA